AUGUCACGAACGACACUUGUUCUGGAUGGACUUUGGUUUUGCCUGUGUCCAUCUUUCAGCAUCAGUGCCCUCAAUGGGGCAAGAACUGCUUUAGGAGGAGGAUCCAGACGGUUUCCCAACCGAAGGUAUUCAUCAUUCGGCCCCAAAACGAUCACCACCCCGAUUCGCCGAAUUCUCAGCAAACCAGAUGCCGACUCGAAUGAACUUGAUACGUCAACAUUGCGGGAACAUGUGAGCGACGGAGAAAGAUCUCACUCGUCUGGCCCGCAAAGACCAUCUCAGCAGCAUCGAAAUGACCGCCCCGAACAGCAGAGCGCAGGUCGCUCAAUAGACCCGGCUACAACAAUUGCAUCCGACGAUGCCCCCGAGAGCCUUACGGGUCAGAAAACCCAAACCCUGGAAUCUAGACUACAAGAGAUCACAGUCAACAAUCCGAGAAUUCAAAGCGCCACGCAGAUACUACGCAUACUCAUUCGCGAUCGGAAGAUUCCACCCGAGACGCGGCACUACAGAGCUCUAGUCCUCGCCAACUCUGAUGCGAUGCGCGGAUCGACGGAAACGGUCCGUAACUUACUCGAAGAGAUGGAACUAAAUGCAAUACCAGCGGAUUCGGGUACGCUUCAUGCGGCGCUUCAGGUAUCCGCCGUUCACCCCGAUUACAUCAUGCGUCAAGAUAUUUUGCGCACGCUUCGAGAACGAUGGCUGCCGCUAAGUCCGAGUGGGUGGCACUUUGUGGUGGCUGGUCUGCUUCGAGAACACCAGUUCGAAUUAGCGCUAGAUCAUUUGGAUCAGAUGAAGCUGAAGGGGGUACCAGUCGAGAACUGGCUGUUCAACAUGCUCAUCUACUAUCUCUGUGAUUUUCAGGAAUUCGACGAGGUGCUUCGGCUGCUGCGCUCUCGGACAGAUCAACAUCUUGACAUAAGAUCGGAGCUGUCGAUGUAUGUCUUAGACGAAGCAAGCAGGGCUUUGCACUACGAGACUUGUCGGUUCAUCUGGAGGACCAUGGUGGAACUGCAAUACUUGCAUCCACCACAUGACAUUUGCAGCAAAGUCCUAGCGGUUGCGGCGCGCACCGGAGAUGUCGCCCUUGGGACAUCCGUAUUUCGCUUCAUGGUCGAUUCCGAGUCGCCAAUCACUCUUGCGAACUAUGAAAGUAUGGUGGAAGCAUAUGUGGUGUCCGGAGAUCUUUAUGCUGGGUUUGAAGUUCUUUGCAAGAUGCACAAAGCAGGCGUUGCGCUAGAAAGAAGCUCUACCCGUGCAGUGCUCGAUGCACUGAUUCAGAGGGAUAUCAAUCCUCGUGACGCUUGGACUAUGCUCAAGAAACUCAAGGCUACAAAAUUCGAGGUGCCCCUUGGCUGCGCGGCGGUGAUCUUAGAGAAGUGCGAGCACGAGGCUCUCCACAAUGCAACCGCCGUCGAAGACGGGGUCGCCCUUUACAACGAGUUGUAUGACCUUUGCUCGGAGAAGGCGGAUGUUUCUACAUUCAACAUGCUUAUUAGCAUGUGUCGGCGCGCGAAAGACAGUGACCACGGCAUGUUUGUGGUCCACGAGAUGGCAGCGCUGGGCGUAGUCCCUAACGGGUCCACUUUCGAGCACUUAAUUAUGAUGUGUCUGGAUGCGGGCAAUUUCGAGUCAGGUUAUAUGUACUUCCAAGACCUACUCAAUCGGGGUUUCAGCCCCAGCGAGGAUACUCGCGCAGCCAUCCGAGCGGUCUGCGCUGACUCUCGGGACCCGUAUGCGACUCAGUUAAGGUACCAUCCCCGCAUUCAGGAUGGUUCUGUCCGGUGCCUUGUUGAUGAAAUCACCUCUGUCCACGAAUAUGGCCGACGGCUCAAGGAAGAUUCGACGACGGACGUGCCCUGGCGAGAAUCCCCUCGGUAUCCCACUCUGGCGUGGCAGCCCUCCUUUAUUAGAGAAACUUGGUCCAAGAAGACGAAGGAAUUGUACGCACAGGCGCGACGGCAAGCAUCGAAGCAGGCACGUAAGAGAAAGAGAAGGGCGAUUGCCAUUCAACGAGGACAGGAGGAAGAGGGCUGGCUGGACUACGAGCCGGGAGGUCUCAUACCUGAGGACCAGCUGUUAAGCAGAGGGGACGAUUCAAAGUCGGAUUAGGUUGGGUCUCUUUCGCGACUAACCCCAGAGGUGGAUUGGCAACUCAUUCUCUAUGUACUUCUAGCUAGACAUGCC